GUUGAACAGUUCUUCAGCAUGUCGAAGCAAAACAAUAUAUGCCUAAUUCCCGUACAGAUUUUGACAGUGCAAAAAAGAAUUGGCCAAUAGAAAGACACGAAAGGCCAAGAAGGAAAAGGUGAUGAAUUGAUGCUUUCUAUUGCUUCGACAAGGAAAAUACACUAGCCAUAGACUUUGGGCGUGCCCUAAACUCGUGAUUGAUGAAACAAGUCUAGAAGAAAGACAGAGUGACGAUUGUAUCAGAAGUCCAGAAAAAAGACAUUAGAGCGGCGAUUAUAUCAUACAAAGGUAUGUGGCAUAAACACAGCCAAAACUAAAGGUUAAUAAUCAUAUAGAGGGCAUUAUUGACGCAGAGGGACUCCAAUUAAAUAAGUUGAUAUUUGGGAUGCUUAAAGUGGAAGGCUACUCUACAUGUGCUAUUUACUAAGUAUACAGUCAGAUCCCACGCCUUUUUCUUUCUUUGUAACGUAUAGGAAAUGUAAAAUAGUAAUGAUUUUACCAUAUGCUUGGUAUACAAUUUCCUUCCCACCACAAUAAAGCUACAAGCAGCACUCUGGUGUUGCCAACUAUAUAUUGAGAUACAUCUUUCCCACUUCUAUUUCAUGCCCAUUCCUCUGUUCUCUCCCAUCCUCUUUCUCUCUUUUUCCCCAGAACCCAUUUUCAAUUUGAGCCAAACUCAAGGAAAUGGGUUCUGUUUAAAUCCUCCUCCUUCGCAACAGAUCUUCAUUUUUCUCAUUCCUCGUUUUAACUGGAACUUGGUGAGAGAGUUGAAAAAAAAAAAAAAAAAUUCCUGUGUCUCUCUUCCCUUGUUCUGUUCUUUUGCUUUGCUUUUUAUAACGGUUAGUAUUUGUGGAUAACGCAAAUGCCUUCCUCAAGUGUGUGUCAAGGGUUUCAGUCUUGUAUGGAGCCUUGGCUAAUCGAACCACAAAUUCUGAGGCUCAAAUUGACUCCUCCAGGGUCGCUCUCUCUCCCUGAAGCCCAAGAGAAUUCCAGCACAAAAGAUGAAAUUUCCACGAAGAUGGACAAAAAUGCUGACAUGGGUGGAUGGAGUUUUCUCCUGUCUCUCAAGAAAACUGAAGAUCCUCAGGCUCAGAAAGUCUAUGUUCAUCCCGCGGUGAAGCACUCCUCCUCCAUGCUCACCGGAAAGAGCUUGGAAAUGUGCACAGAAAGUCUAGGCUGCGAGACUGGUAGUGAUAAUGCCAGCGAUAACAUGGACGAAUUUGCCUUCCUUUCAUCAGAAAAUAGCACCGCCUGUUUCUCAAGACACGUCUCAGAAGCUUGUAGAAGUGACUCUGUGUCCUCCAGCAGAAUGAAACGUUCCAGGAGCUUCCCUCCUCCUCUGACUUCUCUUACAGAUUUAGGAGGGGUUCAAGUGAGGCCUCAUCGUGAAGAUGGUAGACUAAUCUUGGAAGCUGUAGCUACCCCUUCCGUUCAGCCUUGUUUUCAAGCACAGCGAAUUAAUGGCAGGCUCACUCUUACGAUGUUUCAGACCUUCCUUUCUGAUGACGAAGUUUCUGAUGACGAAGCAGCAGCUGAUGAUGAUGAAGGAGAAGAAGAGGAAGAGGAAGAAGAGGAAGAAGAAGGAGUAGUUGUUGCUGACGACGACGACGAAGAUAGUGAUGUAGAGGAGUUGGAAGGGAUUAAUGAGAUUGUUGAUGAUGAAAUUGGAAAGAGGAAGUUGGCCAGACCAAGAAGGUGCAAGGAAAGUGGGAAUAGAAACAAGAACGCGAUGCCCAAUUGGGAGCCAUUUUGGGUGGCCACUUAGAGCUUUUUCCCCAGUGUGUGUGGUUUUCAGCUGCUGAACUCGCCAAUCUUAUCUUUACUUUCAUUUUCAUUUUCAUUUUUUUUAGUUCCCUUUUAGGAUUUCAGUGGUUAUUUAUGGUUGGAAGAUCGGUGCUUGGAGUUUCAGAAUGUCCUAAUUGGUAGUUAUUAUAGUUAUUAGUUAUAUCCAACAUUAUGUCCUUCUUUUCCUCUA